GUAGAGAAGGCACUGUGGAACGACCGGCGUCGGAAUGCAGCGAAUCUUCGCCGUCUUCGCGCUCUUUUUCUAUGCUGCUGCGCAUAGUGUUUCCGGUGCGGCUUUCGUCAACCUGACAUCGGGCGGCUGGAAUGGACUCGAGCUCGAGCUCCCGGGUGUGUCGAACAAAGUCGAGGUCUUCUACGGAGUGAGAUACGCCGAGCCCCCGGUCGGGGAUCUUCGCUUCAGGCAUCCGGUACCGAGAGCCUACAGUGGAGCAUCCCUAGAUGCCACGAAACCCGGUCACGCUUGCAUUCAAGGCAACACGUUCUACAUCCGAAGCAACGUGAGCUUCGGUUUCGCCGAGACUUCGGAAGACUGUCUGCACGUGAACAUUUAUCGUCCCAAAGGGGCUCAGAAUGCGCCCAUGGCGGUAUACUUGCACGGUGGAACUUUCGUCGCCGGGUUCAACAAACUCUUCCUCUACGACGCCGAAGAAUUGGCCGCGCGUGAGAACAUCAUCAUAGCCGUUGUCAACUACCGGCUUUCGGUACUCGGAUUUCUCUAUCUCAACCACACCAACGCCCCCGGCAACCAGGGUCUGUUCGAUACGUUGCUCGCGGCAAAGUUCGUUCAACAAAAUGCCCGAGCACUCGGAGGAGAUCCGGACAGAAUCACUCUGUGGGGACAAUCCGCCGGAGGAAUGGCGGCUGGAUUCCUGUUGGCCAGUCCUCUGGCCAAGGGUAUCUUCAAGCGUGCCAUCCUUCAGAGCGGCGUGACCGCUGCGGCAACGCCAGCACUGCGACUGAACAACGUCAACAACGCUGUUUCUGCGGCGAGUGUACUCGACUGCGUGGACAGUAACAGAACCGUCGAUGAGCAGCUCGGUGACAUGGCUCAGUGUAUGAAGAAAAUUGACGCUCAGAGAUUAUUCGAUGCCGUUAACGUGGAUCUCGGAGAAAGGUACACUAUAACGUUCCAGCCCAUGUACGGUAUCGAUGAUAUGCUCCCGGUUUUCCCGUUCCCUGCCAAUUAUUCCGAAGUUCCCCUCAACGACGACGUCAAAGAAGUCCUCACCAGCACCGUCUCCGACGAAGGUGCCAUGUUCAUUUGGGGUGUUCUCGAGCGCUUCCAGUACGCCGACUCGUCAUCGGUGGAGGAUUUCAUUAGUCUGAGUCAGGUUGUUCUGAAGGUUGUUCUGGAAAUGCCAGCCGAGUACGUGAAGAACGGUAUUCCCCGCUACAUUUCGCCGAGCGUGACCGAUCAAGCAGAGAUGAGGAAGCAGGUCAGCGAUCUGUUCAGAGAUGUUCUCUUCGAGUGCCCGGUCGACAUGUACUCGGAUUUCCUCGCCACCAGAGGUGUCAAAGUAUACCGUUACCUCUGGAAUCACAAACCAUCAACGAGCUACUGGCCCGAGUGGGCGGGAGCGACGCACUGCGACGAUAUUCCGUUCGUGAUGGGCUCUCAGUUCGACAUUGGAAAUAAGGCGGAAAAGUCCAAUCAAGCCAGUGCAGGACUCGUUCAUUUCCUCAAGACACCGAUAACCGAGGCCGAGAAACAACUGAUCAGAGACUCGCUCAAAAUGAUCGGUGACUUUGUCAAAACAGGAGUACCCAGCAGACCCGAUGGUUCGCCCUGGCCGCUGUAUACGGCAGAGAAGAAGGAAUUGGUGCGAAUCGAAGUUACGGCGUUUUCCAACAUGACGGGACCGCAUUCGGGCAAGUGUUCGACUUGGAAGGAUUUCGUCACCAACAAGAAGACGACCAGACUCCCGAUAUACACCCUGGAGGACACCACAACGGCGAAAACCCCAGCCGUCGAAUCGAAUGAGAUAGUCACCAAACGACCUCGCAAAAAGAAGGGAAGAUACAACAACGGUUCUCCCGGGACGGCCUCAUCGCACCCUUGGAUUCUGUCAUUAAUCUUGAUGGCGACGAUCAGAUUCCUGUGAUAAGCUCCGUACGCUCUUCUUCAUUCCUGUAUAUACAUUCCAUCGAAUCGCGAGUCGGUUGUGAGGAAAUACAUAGUUUUAUUAGU